CGCGACAAGGUUCCUCAAAUGUGCGAUUGGUGUCCAGUUGCCAAACAGGCAGUGGUACGCUGCAUUCCAAAGUAUAAGAGGACGACUCGAGGAAACAAUUUCUCACUCAGGAGUUAGGAGAGACUGCAAUUAAUUUGGUACCAUGUCUCGUCUUACCAGUAGUGAUGGUGUUAGCACCAAGAUGAAAAGCCCGGGGAACACACACUGCCUCCUGAUCGGAGCAGCGGAAAAUCCGCAAAAGAUCGGAACCAAUGUUGAUGGGGACAAGGUUCACUAUUUUGACGAAGAUCUGAAGCCGGUCUUCAACAGCAUACGGAGCGAUCUCGCCAAAAUGGCGAAUUUCUGCGGUCAAUGGGUCAAGGAUGUGCCUCAGCUGGGCCAAAUGAAACAAUCCCGCGGAUCGCCAAAACCGAAAUGGAAAUCUCCCAUUCUUGUUUCUUUGGUGUUGAGUGAUGACGGCCUCCAACCAAGUAAAGAAAACUCGGCGCUCACACCCGGAGCUCAAAAGCUCAUGGAAACCGCUCCAGUCACCACCUUCAAGUCUAAGGAUGAGGUCCGUGAAGAGAUCAAAAACUUGAUUGGCAGAAAAACACCGGACGACAACAUCAUCAUAUUCUUUGCUGGACACGGGUCGCAACAUGUCGUAGUACGGCUCGAUUCGGAGGAAGCCGUGGUAACAUCAACAGUCGAGCCUGAUUACACACAGGCGAGCCCAAUAGCACCCACUGUCCAGGAGUUGUCGGUUCCUACAUCAACAAUUGAACAUUCCUUUCAGCUUCCCUGCGUCAACGUCUUCGGUAAACGUGUGAUGGACAAGUAUACGGAUACGGAGCUGACAACUGACGUAACGCACAAUCUCACAGGCGACAAGAAGGUUUAUCUUGUUCUGCACUCAUGCCAUAGUGCCGGAAUGCUGCAUGGUUGGCAGCUAACGUUACCUCAGAAACAGCUCCUAAAGGAUUUGUCAGUGGCUGUAUUUGCCAGUGCUAAUGCAGAGCAUACUACCCAGUGGACUAGUCUGGAUGGCAGCAACGAUUUCGUUUCAAUCUUCACGCAGUACGCUACUCCAGGUCGCUCUCUGGUGGACAUCCAGGCGGAUAUAUUCCGUGCUUCUGUGUCUGCAGACGCCAACGCCACUCCGCAGCUCAUCACCCUGCGCCCGGAGCAGAGCAAGGAGCAUUUUCUAGUCAGUGCACUGCCAGUGUCGCACCAAGCGGCGCAUGUAUAUCAUUGAGGAACUACAUUAUCACUAGUGUAUAUAUCAGUUCUUGAAUUUGACUCCAAGAAUCUAUUACGCCGUGGUAGUAUAGGAAGUUUACGUGUUGAUCAGGGAGGUGGUAUUGCUUGACUAUCGAUUUUGUAAUCGCCUGUCAAAGCCGAUUCUAAGAUAGGCCUUCGUUUCGUUUCAUCGCUAGUAUUCGUUCCGUUGUUGCAAAAUGUUAAUUGCAUGGUAUCUAUUACCGAUUAUUCUAAAAUGAAUUUCAAUCCGCCCACUAUCAGACCAUUCUCAAGAAACGUUGCUUUGUUUAGCCAAUACCUUUCUAACUAGACUUUUGGGAGGUCUGUAACUAGAAUAAUGUACAACGUAUACGUGGAACACUGCUGCUGCACAUACUGGUUAUGCUGCUUGAGUUAGUGUACAUUGGCAUACAUUCAUGUCCAUCAUACUCUUGAAAAUCCGAACAAACCCUCUCGAAGUGUAUGCCAUUGCUAACCUUUUUGUCCCAGGAGCGGUGUUCUUUCACAUUUCAAUGAUUUCAGUGUCUUGUCGUACUCGUGAACACAAAUGAACGCUUAGUGUGCGCUGAUCCAGCAUGCAAAUCGAUCUGCAUUACAUGCAUGCUCUGCUGGGUCCGACCGUUGCCAUUGAACUGCAUAUAUGCACUAGAGCAUGCGUCUUGCUUAGUCAUAGAUUCAGAAUCUGAGGUCAUUUAGUGCUAACGUUAUGGCGACUUUUUGGUGCCAUUGAAGGGGAAUUUAAGGGGGUUUUAUGGAAACAGUUUCGUUGCUUUGUCGAUCCCACACCCACCGCAGAAAGGCUUAAAGCGCCAAAGAGUAGAAUGGCUCUUGUCAACUGUCCUGUUUACCACCAAACUAGGGACAAUUCCUCACCACCUGUCCCUAGAGCUGAAGCCACAAGGCGACGAUCUGACAGAAAGGGACGAUGAGUCAUGGAGCGGAUAUGCCUAUCUCCAGUGUGGUUGUGUCGAUCAAUAUGGUCCUAUCCUGGGAAUAGGAACAGCUAUGCACCAUUCCAGACAUAUUUGCACGAGACUGGAGCAUGAUGGGAUGUCAAGACAAACCCUCUUACCUGCUCACACCAUACAAUCUGUUUACCCUCUCAGACAUGCAGUUCAAGUUCAUUACGUACACAAGGCCACCGCUGAGAAACGUGAACUCGACGUGAAUAAUCCUUCGUAUGAUGUCAUUCCGCCCUCCCCGACUCAUCCGUGCCUCCAGCGUACAGGUGCGUCAUCAGAGGAGACAUCACAUACUAGCAUUUUCCCCUUCUUAGUGCAGCGUUGUUAUAAGUACUAGGGAUUUCCUCAUUCAGUCAAACAUUAGUCGCAUUGUGCUUCAGAGUAGCGUUGGAGCUGGAGUGAAAUAUACUGCAGUGAACACCCUCCCUAGUGUGCUUUCCCCACGAGUUUGUUUUGCCUAUCUGUGGGAAGGAAAGCCUCGUUUAGAUAUUUCUUCUCCAAUCAGACCAUCACACCCAAAUUUACAUUUCAGGCGCUGUCUUGACCUCUCCGGGCCACCUUACCAACCAUCUUCAGCUGCCCAAUGUCGUGGCAAUUUGGGACCGAUGGAGCAGCCUCGGCGGCACCCUCACCUCCUCCCGGUAGAACGGAAUGUCUUCUUAUCGGUGCUGCGGAGGAGCCCGAUAAUGACAGCCUUGGCGUAGACGAAACGCUCAAGCGCCUACAUAACUCAGUUAAAAGCGACUUGGGAAAGAUGAUUGAAUUCUGUGCUGAAUGGGCGAAGGACGAACCUCCCAAAAAGAUGGCUAAAAAGGCCUCAAGAACUCCAUCGCUGUCUGUGCACAGCAAGUCCCAGCCUAGCCUGGAUCAUCCUAUCGUUAUCACGUCGAUUUUUGUCAACAGCGAUACGCUGGUGCCAAAAUCGGACGAUACGGGAUUCCAACUCAGCCCUAAGGCAAAGACGUUCAUGCAGAGCUGUCCGCCGAAGGUGCACGUCUUUAAGACUAAGAAAGAGUUAAGGGACGCAGUGAAGAAUUUCACAAAGCUGAGCUCCUGCGAAAACUUGAUCAUUUUCUAUGCUGGGCAUGGUGCACAGCACGAGAUAAAGGCAGGCAAGGUGGUGGAUAAGGAGCCUUGUAAGAAGGGUAGCCAAGAAGGUGCGGCAAGCAAGUUGAUGGAGGUGAGGGAGAAAUCGGUCAAGGAAAUCCAGCAUUCGUUGUACCUACCCUUGCCUAGCUUUCCCUACGUUGAGUACUAUGACCUCUACGCUGAUCAUGAGUUAACGUAUGACGUCACGGCUCACCUCGAACCCAGCCAGAACAUGUACCUAGUCCUGCAUGCGUGUAACAGUGGUGGCAUGCUCCAUGGUUGGCAGCUGACAGCGGACCAGAGGUUGGGAGACACGGAGUCUCUCUCUGUGGCAGUGUUUGCUAGUUCCGAGGCCGAGAAUGUGAGCGACUGGACUAGUCUCGGCGGGGACGCCGACUUUGUCUCCAUCUUCACCGAGUUUGCAAAGCCCGGCAAGAAGUUGAUCGAAAUCCAGAGCGAUAUCUUCAAAGCAUCGGUGCAGAGGAAUCGUUAUCGGCAGCCUGGUGUUAGCCCCGCUCUGAUUGUUCUCCGUCCAGAUCAGAGAGACGAACUAUUCCUGCCAAAGUAAGCCCUUAAACUGUGGCUGUGGAAUUGCGAGAGAGAGUUAGGUGCUCUUUCCACUGAUACACAUACCUGUAUACUUGUAAUUUGUGCCAAGAAUGAGUUGCCCAGGAGAGUUGGAUGGCAGACUGCUAGAGCUGAGCUGCACUAGUGCAAACCACAGUCAGUGCUCUUGCAUAAUAUGAUCGCCUAUGGUUUCGUCUGUAUUGAAGGGUCUAUUGCACAUGGCAUAGGCACACUGCUUAUCUACAUUGUAACAUUGUAGGGCUGGCCUUGUUGCUAGUUUUCUACCAUUUCUGCAGAUGCGUCAUGCUGACGAUAAUGCAGCCUGCCUGAGAGCUUUGGUUUGUGUGCCAAAUUUUGGCUCUAUGAACAUUUUCAUAAUAACGCAUUCCAGGCCAAGCAUUUUGUCAUGACUUGACUUACAUGUAUCGUUGCUUCCUGAAAUCAAAAUAGCUAAUACGUCCAGGGAUAUCUUUUUCUCCAUACACUUCCCAAUCGGGUCCAUGUACAUGUAAGUGUAUUAUUUUGAUUUCGCAUUGAUUUCCAAUCCAUGUUUGCUGCUUGUAACUUCUCUGUAACUACGUUGAGACUCGUACAAGAUGA